ACGGAGCAGCUGUCAUGUCAGAGGGGCGCCUACUCCUCCUGUCCCAGCUCUGUUCUCACGCCGUAGCUUUGUCAUAGUGCUCCGGAGUCCUCUUGGAACAAGCCACCAUGAGUCGGCAGCUGAACGCCAGAGCCGGAGGUUGCAGCAGGGGCUUCGGCAGCGUCUCUGCGAUUAUUUCCAAUGGGGGCAGAUCCAGCUGCACCUCUCUGAGCCGAGGAAGAAGUAGACACUGUGUCUUUGGCAGCAGAAGUCUCUAUAAUCUAGGCGGGAUUAAAAGCGUUUCCAAUAGCUUGAUUGGUGGAGGCUGGCGGCUCGGCGGUGGCUUUGGUGGUGGAUUUGGCACUAGUGGUGGGGCUGGUGGCUUUGGUGGUGGUGGCUUGUUUGGUGGAGGAGUUGGUGGUGGGAGGAGUAGCCCUGGGUUCUCUAUUUGCCCACCUGGUGGCAUCCAAGAAGUGACCAUCAACCAGAACCUGCUUGUGCCACUCAACCUGGAGAUCGACCCAGAGAUCCAGAAAGUGCGAGUGCAGGAGAGGGAGCAGAUUAAGACCCUCAACAACAAGUUUGCCUCCUUCAUCGACAAGGUCCGAUUCCUGGAGCAACAGAAUAAAGUUCUGGAGACCAAAUGGAACCUGCUGCAGCAGCAGCCCACGUCAAAUGCUGGGAACAACCUGGAGCCCGCCUUUGAGGCCUACGUUGGCAGCCUAAGGAAGCAUCUUGAUAGUCUGGUGGGGGAGAGGGGAAGGCAGGACUCAGAACUGAAGAACAUGCAGGAUCUGGUGGAGGACUUGAAGCACAAAUAUGAAGAGGAAAUCAACAGGCGCAUGGCAGCGGAGAAUGAGUUUGUGCUGCUGAAGAAGGACUUGGAUGUUGCCUACAUGAAAAAGGUGGAGAUGGAGGCCAAGGUGGCUGCCAUGACAGAUGAGAUCAACUUUCUGAGAGCCCUGUAUGAGACGGAAUUGGCACAAAUGCAAAGACAGAUCAGUGACACCAGCGUUAUCUUGUCUAUGGACAACAACCGAGCCCUGGACCUGGAUGGGAUCAUUGCUGAGGUGAAGGCUCACUAUGAAGACAUGGCCAACAGGAGCCGAGCUGAAGCCAACUCCAUGUACCAAGGCAAGUUUCAGGAGCUUCAGGUCACUGCUGGGAAACACGACAAUGAUCUGAAAAACUCCAAGCUGGAGAUCUCGGAGCUGACCCGGCUGAUCCACAGACUGCAGGCUGAACUUGAAAAUGUGAAAAAACAGUGCGCCAAACUGCAGUCGGCUGUUGCCGAGACAGAGGCACGUGGGGAGCUUACCCUGAAGGACGCUAGGGAAAAGCUGGUUGAAUUGGAAAUGGCCCUGCAGAAAGCUAAGGAGGAGAUGGCUCGUUUGCUGCGUGAUUACCAGGAGCUCUUGAAUAUCAAGCUGGCCCUGGAUAUUGAGAUUGCCACGUACAAGACGUUGCUGGAGGGAGAAGAAUGCAGGAUGUCUGGAGAGUGUGCCAGUGCUGUGAACAUCUCGGUAGUCAGCAGCAGCUCUGGAGGCGGGAGUGGGAUAAGCUGGGGAGGAGGAGGAGGAGGCGGGCUCAGUCUCGGAGGAGGCGGGCUCAGUGUCGGAGGAGGCGGCUCCAGCUCUGGAAGCGGAAGAGGCAUUGGAGGAUACAGCUAUGGAGGCAGGGGAGGUAGUUCCUGUGUGAAAAUCAUAUCGACGACCUCUUCAAGCAAAAGAACCACCAUAUGCUAAAGCCUAGGAACUGUAGUUACUAUUACCUGAGCACCGGAAGAUUUCCUUUAUUGUGGCGUAGCGGGCAGAGCACUGGAUUGGGACUCAGAAGACCUGGGUUCUAUUCCCAGCUCGCCCACUUCUUCCCUGGGUGACCUUGGACAGGGCUCUGUGCCUCAGUUUCCCCAUCUGUAAUAUAGGGAUAAUGAUACUGACCUCUUCUGUAAAGCGCUUUGAGAUCCACUGAUGGAAAAACACUGUAAAUGAGGUAGGUAUUAUUAUUGUUGAGACCAAAUAUCCACAUGCUCACACCCAACACUAUCACUGAAAAAGUGACUGGUAACAUCACAGUAACGCAACUGAUGUGACCAGAGAUCUUGUUUCUUCCGAAUUUCCCUCCCAGAAAAGUUUUACCAAAAAGAUCUUGAGCCUGAAGAUAAUUCAUUCCCCCCGCCCCCAUCUCUACUGCACUUUGUAUCCAACUUCCUGUAUACUACACUAGAAAAAUCCCAUACAUUUCUGCAGUCUGGAUGUGAUCAUGGAUUGUAGCUUGCUCUCUGCUUUGUGUGUUCCUACUGUACUUGUUGUAGCCGUGAAAGAAACAUUUUCUGUGUUGUUCUUCUAAGCCAGGGCCUUCAAAUGGGGCUAAAAGACUCAGGCAUCUGACUCCCAUUGACUUUCUAUGGCAGUGUGUACAUCUUUAAUAUUCUUUUAAAGUCGCAGAAUUAGUCCCACUGAGUUUCUUUCCAUUGGAUACAUUAAUCCCAAUGGGCCAAAAUUCUGGUGCAGGUCCAUUGAAAAUGAAGGAAUAACUAGGGCUGGGCAAAUAAUCUUUUUUUUGGCUUGGGGGUCAACUCAAAAUUUGGGGAAAAACUGGUUUCGUAUUGAAUAAAGUUUCAUUCAAUCUGAAACAAAAACAUAUUCAGUUUUGAGUUGCAUUUAGUUUCAUUUUCAUGGGGUUUUCAACAUUUUUGAAUGUUUUUCUUUCCAAAUUACAUUUAUGUUAACCACUGAGCAGAAGGUCGUUCCGAAACGAGAAGUCGAAACAUUUUAUUUCAGCAAUUCCAAUUGUUUUUCUUUCUCAGCUGAAGCUAUUUGCUGAAAUUGACCCAAAUUCACAAAUAGUUUUGAUCAACCCAAUUUUUCAGCGAAAAAAGGAUUCACCUGAAAAUUUCCACCCAGCUUUAGGGGUAACAAAGAGGGGAAUUUGGCCCACUCUCUGGCUCAGCAGGGUAACCCCUUGUACUCCUUGCUCUGAGAGCGGUAUGAAACAUUACCACUAAUAAACAAGAUGCCUUCCUAUCUUAGGAACAAA